AUGUACCUAUCCGUAGCACAUUGGGCGGAGCAGCGCCCCACCAGACUAGCGUUGCGUGAUCUGAACCUGUGGCUUAGCGUGCCGUGCGCGACACACUUCUUUCCGCCGGUCCGGGUGGACGCCGUGGACGUGGUGGACGGUGGAGCGGCCGGGAAGCCGGCCCGCCUUGUCGUCACCGCCAGCGAGACGUAUCGCGGCAACGACUGGGCCAACCGCGGCGAGGCGCUCGUCCGGGUCGACAGCGCUGCUGCUGCGGGAGCAUCGUCGUCUUCGUCGACCAUCCCCACGUUUGUCCUCCGUCCCAUCUCUGCCCAGCCCAAGGCCUACUACACCGACCGCAGCGGCUUCUCGGCCCUCAGCAUCCUGCGCAACCCCAUGAUCCUGAUCGCCCUGGUCACCAUGGGCAUCGUGUUUGGCAUGCCGUACCUGGUGGAGAACAUGGACCCCGAGAUGCGUGCCGAGUGGGAGGAGCGCCAAAAGUCCAACCCGAUGAACAGCCUGAUGGGCGCUGGCGUCAGCGGCGCUCCCGGUGGCGGCGCUCCCGGAACCCCCAGCUUCGACAUGGCGGCCUACCUGGCCGGGAGCACCAAGACCGAGAGCGGCAGUGGCAGUGGCGCCGGCAGUGGCGCCGGCAAAGCGGGCGAUGGCGGCACUCGUCGGAACCAGGGCGUGCGGCGAUGA